AUGGCAUCGAGACAAGAAGAAGUAGAAGAAGGACCUAGUUAGUGGUCCUAUCGGAGCCUCUCUUCCAAAAGCGCAUUUUCAGAACGGAGCUCUCAAAGUGCGGGCGACGUGUCGCCGUCUCCGUCACUGCAAGGAACGACGGCCACAAAGACGGGAACGACGACGAUCUCGGAGCAGCCGGCCGACGAGCGCGAGGGCUUCGGCAACAAGGCCGAGUUCGUGCUGACGUGCCUCGGAUUGGCCGUGGGACUCGGAAACAUCUGGCGCUUCCCGACGAGGGCCUACGAGAACGGAGGCUCGGCCUUCCUGAUUCCCUAUCUGACGUGCGCGUUCCUCUUCGGAUUCCCGUCGCUUUACUUUGAAUUCCUACUCGGACAGUACCAGGGAAAGUCGCCGCCGAUCGUGUUCCGGCGAGUGAUGCCCAUUCUCGAAGGCGUCGGAUGGAUGGGACCGAUCGUGGCGGCGCUCGUCGCCAUUUACUACAUCCUACUCAUAGCCUGGAUCAGCAUCUACAUCCUCAAUAUCUUCCGCGGCCACUUCAACGUCUGGAACAAGUGCGACAACGAAUGGAAUCUCGUCUCCACGUGCAUAGAUCUGCUGAGCCAAAAGAAGUGUCGCGUGGCGAAUCCGCCCGGCUGGAAUGGAACGAAUGUGACGAUCCCUGAGAAGCUGUACUACAUGGAGGGCACGUGCAAGGACGCCGCCAACUACGCGAACGUCUCCCUUGUGAGUGCGACCGAGCAGUACUUCAUGCGCUACAUCAUCAAUCCCUCCACGAGCCUUCUCGACUUCGAUUCGAUUAACUGGCCGGUUCUGGGCGCGAUGACGGCCUGUUGGCUGCUCACGGGACUCGGAAUUGUGAAGGGAGCCAAGAUCAUAGGCAAGAUCUCUUACGUUUCCGUCAUUCUCCCCUACAUCAUUGUCGUCGUGCUCUUCAUCCGUGGAGUCACUCUAGAAGGUGAGUUCCUUUUUCCCUAAACUUCCACCUCUCACAAUUGUGUCUUUCAGGCGCUUCCCAAGGUCUCUACUACUACUUCGGAAAGCCCGACUACGCUAAGCUUCUGCACACGAAAACCUGGACGGAGGCCCUGAAACAGCUGUGCUUCUCGCUCUCCGUCGGCCACGGAGGUCUCAUGACUCUCUCCUCGUACAGCAAAAAGAACAAUAACGUGUUCCGUGACGCGCUGAUCGUCAUCAUCGGAGACACGAUGAUGUCGUUGGUCGGAGGUGCCGCCGUCUUCUCGACGCUCGGAUUCCUGGCCACGCAGAGAGGAGUGACGGUGCCGGAAGUCGUCAAAAGUGGGCUGUCCCUCGCGUUCGUCGUCUACCCGGAGGCAAUGACCCAAAUGCCGUUGCCGUGGCUCUGGAGUUUUCUCUUCUUCUUCAUGCUCUUUUUGCUCGGCGCCAGCACGGAAAUCGCUCUCGUCGAGGUCUUCUGCUCGUGUCUCUACGAUCAAAACAAGAGUUUGCGAAACAAGAAGUGGCUCGUCGUCAUGAUAUGGUGCCUUGUUCUCUACGCAGUCGGAUUCGUCUUCUCCACCGGAGUAAAUAAGACCAGACGCUCUUUCUCUUUCACUGUUCUUUGUUUCAGGCCGGAAUGUACUGGUUUGAGUUGUUCGACGAGUACGCCGCCGGCUUCUCCUCGGUGUGCACCAUGUUCUGCGAGCUCAUCGUAGUUAUGUGGAUCUAUGGAUGGCGGAACUUACGCGAAGACAUCACAGAAGUGCUCGGUAAUGCGAAGAACAGAUGCACAAAGGCGAUCGGACCACACUCUCCUUACCUGAUGGUCAACUGGAUGUUCAUCUCUCCGCUGAUUGCCACGGUGAGUACGGUAGAGUGCACUUCACAUUUUACACGUUCCGUCUCCAGGUGCUCGUUGCGCUCUCGUUCAUCCGAUCCUAUCCGUACGAGGGAAAACCCGAUGUGUACCCGCCGUUGUUCGAUGUUUUCGGCUGGUUCGUCUCGUUCAUCCCCGUUCUCAUGAUUCCUCUUUUCGCCGGUCUCAACUACUACAAGUCCCGCAAACAUGGACACGUGAGGCUACCGUACCCCUUUGACCAUAUUUUCACUGUUCUAUUUCAGACCGUCAAAUCGCUGAUGAUGCUUCAAAAACAGCACGUCUCGUAUCCUCGAAUCUCACAGAACUUUGAUGAAGAUCAGAAGGCGCUUCAAGACCAACUUCCCGAAUUGGAACCGUGGGACGAGGAGCCAGAAUCGGAGAGCGAACCGACCCGGAAGGUGGCCAGCGGAGACGUGGCGAUAAUUGACGUGAGCUCAUCGGAAAAUCAAAUUUAUUAA